UCUUUAAGAUUUUAGUCACAAACCGAACUGGUCAUUAAUUAAUUUAAUUAGUUACUUUUUCUUCCCCCAUUUACUGGGAAUUAGAUGUUUGUGAGAUACUUUUAGGAAGUUAGUUUGGUUUAAAACUGUGUAACAAUCGCACAUUGCAUUGGCACAAGUUUAUUAUACAUGUCGUUUUGUUUACAAUGCAGUUGCCCCCAGCUGACAUUUGGUGAAAUAACCAGGUCUACAGAAGGAUCUCUAAUGGUUGGAGACAAUGUUAAGGAGGGGAAUGGUGUGUCACUGGAAUACGAGGUGUUAGAUGCUGCAUCUCACAUACAGAAAGAAUCGAAUGAAUAUGCAAAUUGUUUACCAGAACAGAAUGAUUCAUUAGCUGUUGUCAAAAAUCCUGACACUUUGGGAGCUGGUACAAAGGACAGUGAUACUUGCUUGCACCAAGGUGGAGUUCAGAUCCUGGGUGACGACACCGACAGUUCAGAUGAUACUGAUACAAAUACAGAGAUAUGUAAUCUUGAAACUCCUAGAGACGUCAAAGGUGAUGAUACAGUCCUAUCACAUGACAGACAUCAGAGCACAGUUGAAGAUGACAUCAGUGCAAGUGUGAAACCUCUUGGUACAGAGGCGCAUCUAUACAAGGAAUCCUCAUCUCCUCCUGUUGACACUCCAGAAUGCCUGUAUUCUGCAGAGCCUGUGAAAGCCAUGGAUUUGGAUGAAAAAACUGAGGCAGCAGCUGCCAAACUGUCUCCAGAAACCAUGUCUACCGACGUGUCACCAGAGACGUCUGGGCAAGUUACAACUGUAGACUGUGAUGCAGCACUUGCAAACCUUACUCUAAGUGAUUCUGAUCUGUCUUCGCCUGAACAACAGCCUCCUCUCGCAGCUUUAGAGCCCACUGCAUUCACUGCUGUACAGUAUCCUGGAUCACUCACACAGGACUUUGAUGAUAUCUAUGAAUCUGACCCAGAAAACAGUGCAGAGGAAGAUCUUGCUGAUUUUGUACCAGAUGCCCAUACUGUGCCUGAAAUGGUACAUGGAGUCCAGCAGUCUGUGCCCUAUGUUGAUUAUAAAGAAACCCUGCUUCCUUAUGUGACAAACUACAUAGGGCAGAGUUGGCUGACUGAUACCCCAGAGGGCCAGUUCUCAAAGGCACUUCUUCAUGAAUCAUUAAGAUACACUGAGCCAACAGCUAGUUGUGGGCAGAGUAGAGAGAAGUGGAGCACUGGUCACGCAGUACCAACCAGCGAAGAGAUGAUGGGAAAAACACUAUAUAAAGAGGAACCAAAUGACGACCUGGACACAGGGCACAAUAGUUUUCAACAUCUACCAACAUUAAGGUCAUUAACAGAUUCUUCAGUGCAGACAGACCGUGUUACUGCAGAUGCAGUGGUCAAUACAGACCAGGAUGUUGAAAGGUACAUGAAUGAAGUGACAGCUGAACGGGAGGUUUUGAAGGACAGAUACCAGGAAGUGUUGGAUCGACAGAGACAGAUGGAGAACCAGCUCCAAGUCAAAGUCCGACAGCUUCAGCAGCGACAGGAGGAGGAGGAGAACAUUUACCAGAGCAAUGUUAAGCAGGUCCAAGAGAUGAAGGUAAAAUUGGAAGAACUGAAGAAGAAAUCCGACAAAGAGAAGAAAGAGUUUGUUCAAAAAGAGCAAGAGUUGAAGAACGAAGUUGCGAGGCUUUAUGAAAAUGGGAAACGGCUGAUGAAAGAGCAGGAAGAAAAGGGCAAACUGGUCGCCAUCCUGAUCAGUAAUCAAUCAGACAAAAAGGAGAAGUUGAAUGAGGAUUUGGAAAAACUGAGGGCGCAACAUAAGGAGCUCAACAAGAACAUUCUGGAAGAAACAGAGCGUGCCUUGAAAGCUGAGGUUCUGACCCUGGAGAGCAAGAGGGAAUUUGCAAUUAUGAUGCUGGACAAAGCAACGAACGAGGCAGAAUUACAGAUUUGUAACUUAAGCUCUGUCCCAGGAAGCUCGGACCUUGUACUUAAAUGGCAGGGAAGGCGGAAUGACAUACAGGAACAAAGGGAGAACAUAAAGAAUCAGUACAACGGUCACAUUCAGAUGGUGAAGAAUGGUGCAAAACUCAGCAGUCUUCCUCAUAUACAAUUGCCAACACUACCACCUGCUCCUCCAGAGGUACUGCCUGACCUAGUGCUCCAAAGAACGUGGCAAGCUCCUCCAGUGUUACCUUCGUUUUUCCCCAGUAACAUGUCUUCCAGUAACGUGUAUUCCACAGCGUCUUUACGCACAGCUGCCGCUUCUCUGAUGAAUUUUCCGCCCACAAGUUUCCUGCCAGGCCUGGGAGCACAGCUUGAAUUUGAUGGCCACGCAGCUGCACCUGCUUCCAAACCUGCUACGAAGCUGGAAAAGCUCCUGGAAAAACUGGAGGCAAAAUUUCCUAAUUGUAGUAGGGCUCAGCUUACCCACAUUCUACAGCAGAUUAAGAACUCGCGUGGAACUAUUGCUGGCCUUUCUGUGGAUGAACUAAUGCAUCAAGUGGCUGGGAGGCUGGUGGAAACAGAACAGGCACAACCAACACAUCUGCUUCGAGUCUCCACCACCACGCCUGGACACUUUCCACCAGCGACUUCUCAGACCAGCCCUUACUUUGUCCUGCCGAAAAGUAGAACUGGAGCUCAGACUUCAUACCAAGAGAGUCCAGCGCUGGUGCCGGGCAGCCCACGGCUUUGUUUGAUGUGUCAGAAGGUCGUGCAUGUCGGUGAAGUGCAGCCAGUGGCCUGUUCACACAUUGUCCACAAAGAGUGCAUCAAAUUCUGGUCACAAUCCAACAAAAACAGCAGCUGCCCUUUCUGUCCCACGCCAAGGUAAUACGUGUUUCCAACGAGUAGGACCGGAAGAGGUGGAGGAAUCCAUGUCAGUCUGACGUUGCUCUUCAGACUUGGAUCACUCUGACAGUAUUGCACUUCUGAGUACAAUAUGAACUAUUUAUAUUUUAAGAAAAGAAAGACGAGCCAGACCACAAAGUGGGUAGAUGACAAACUGCAAGUGUGUUAGUUCACACUAAAUUGACACCAGUAUUCUGAAAAUGUUGGGAAAAAUGUUAUGCUGGUUUUCUAUUUUUAGAAAACUAAAGGCUAGCGUGAGGUUCUCUCUGAAGAAUAAAAUGGAUUUGGAGGAAA